AACAAAAGAGAACAAUUUCAUUAUCUUCAUCUCUUAACCCCAAAUAAUUUAUUUUAUUUGAAAGGGUGCUACAUUUAUUAAUUUUUUCCUAAUCAGUUUAUCACAGCUUCCCUCUCGUUAUCUCUUUUUCGCGGACUUAUUUGAAAAGUUACGCUCUUGAGAGCGAGCACGCGACGCGUCUGAGGGAGAAGCUCGCGCUCUUUGUUCAUUCAUUUGAUCUGCUGGGAUUCUUUGUUGCGCGUGAAAGCAUGGGAGCGCAAAUUUCCAAAAACGGUGCAAAAGACGAGACGGCUGCCGAAAAACUCGGCGAGGCUGAGAACAAAUCAAACGGGCAGGAGAAUGGUCAUGCUAAAACCAAUGGGAAUGCCUCUCCAAAUGCAGAUGCAGCUACAGAAGAUGUGCAGGCCAAUGGGAAGCACUCCGCUGAUGAAGAAGUGAAGGCAGAGGAAGGGAAAGCUGAGAAUGGAGGUGCCGCUCCUGAGGGUAAUGGGGAGAGCUCCGCUGUUGCAAAUGGCGAGGACUCGAGCAAGUCUGAAGUAAACGGCUCUGCCUCAGCAAGCGGUGAGCCUGGCAAACAGAAGAAGCGCUUCUCCUUCAAAAAGCCAUUUAAACUUAGUGGCUUCUCAUUUAAGAAGAGCGCCAAAAAAGAAGCUGAAGGCGGAGAGGUGGCAGCUGCAGUCGUGGAGAAUGGUGAGCAGAAAAAAGAUGCUGAACCUGAAGCUGAGGAGGCCAAACCUGAGGCUGCCAGUGAAGAAGCCAAGAUGGAGGCUCCCACCGAGGAACCCAAAGCUGAGGAACCAACUGAAAGCAAUGAGGAAAAACCAUCCAGUGAGGUCGCUGAGGAGAAGCAAGCAGAGGCUGCACCUCAAGAACCAGCAGCUGCCACGGAGAGCUUGGAGGCCCCGGCUGCUGCCACAGAAUAGGAUGGAUGUGAAAAGCCGGUUUUAGAUGAAGUCCGAGGAGCACAAACGUGGAAAAUUUGUACAAAAACCAAUGACAUUUCAAACCUUCUGUUUUCUCCCAUACUUUUUCAUUUCAUCCAUUCCUGUUCCAUCCACUACAUUGUAUAUGGCAUUUCGAAGGAAGGAAGUUGGAUGGAAUGUUUGGAUACGAAAGGCACUGUUUUCCCAUGUUCUUCAUAAUUUUUUUUGUAGCAGUUGUGUAAGUCGGUGUGCGUGUGUUUGUGUGUGCAUGAAUGAGAUUAAUAGAGCAUUGCUUGUUUCACACUUUUUUUUUGGUUUCUUUUUGUAGGUGAACUAUGUUAGUAUCUUAAGGACAUUGAGUUAAAAUGUUAGUUGAAGGCACUGGUGCCAUACAAUUGGGUAAAUCAAGGGUGUAGAAAAGGAGCUAUCAGAAAUGACAUUAGCAAAUAAUUUACAGAUGUGAUUGGUCAGUUGCCAUUUGAUUUUACUGAUUGUUACAUGAAUCACUGAAAUAGGUGCUCAAAACCUCAACAGCUGCAUUGUGCAAUACUGCCGCAUUAUGUAUUGGUAUUGGCUAUUGUCAUUGCUGGUUUUUAUGAUGUUGAUAAAAUGUUUUUUUUUUUUUUUUUUUCUUAAAUCAGUGGUAUCAAUUGAAGUGUUUUUUUCUUU